AUGGCAAAGCGACGCAAGUUGGGCACCCAACUACAGAAUGCCAAGUCCAAGCCUCUACUAGAAAUUCAUUCACGGAACAAGUCCAAACCAAAGACGAAGCAGAACCAGCCGAGGAAACAGCAUAAUAACCAUCACCAACAACACCAGCAGAACGAGCAACCUAUAAUACCCUUCCAAUCGGCAGACAGGAUAUUGCUCAUUGGAGAAGGGGACCUGAGCUUUGCCGCUAGCAUCGUCAAACAUCAUGGAUGUGUAAAUAUCACGGCAACUGUGUUGGAGAAGGACCAUGCCGAGUUGGUCGAAAAAUACGCCGCUGCCGAGGCGAACAUUGCGGCAGUCUUGAACGCCGAGACCGCCGAGACAGAAAAUGGCGGCGACGGCAAAGACCCAGCAUCCAUCGGCGAGGAGGCAGACGACAGCGACAGCUCAGAAACAGGGCCCUCCCAGUCAAGGCCAACCCUCCGCCGAAGCAACAAAGUGCUCUACAACAUCGACGCAACCAAGCUACCCCCAUCCCUACUGCGACCGCCACACUUUGAUCACAUCCUGUUCAACUUUCCGCACGUCGGCGGCAAGUCCACCGACGUCAACCGCCAGGUUCGCUACAACCAGUCCCUCCUCGUCUCCUUCUUCGAGCGAGCCAUUGCCGCUCUUUCUCCCCGCGGCUCCAUCGUCGUCACUCUCUUCGAGGGCGAGCCUUAUACCCUCUGGAAUGUACGCGACCUCGCCCGUCACGCUGGCCUCGCCGUCGAGCGCAGCUUCCAGUUCCGGCCAGCCGCAUACCCAGGAUACCAUCACGCUCGCACCUGCGGCAUCGUUCGCAAUCGAAAGGGCGACGUUGGCGGCGGCUGGAAGGGCGAGGAAAGACCCGCCAGAAGCUACGUCUUUCGGAGAAAAGACGAGGUGCAGCAGGCGCAGUCGGUGGGGAAGAAGAAACGGAAGAAGGGCAACGAUGAUUCUUCAAGCGACGAGGACUGA